GGGUUUUAAAUUGGCCACCUGAAGACCUGGUUGGUGACAGAUCUGGCACAGGCCUGAGGGUAUGUUGAGACAUCUAGUCUGGCCAGAGCAGAGGCGUCUAGGUGGUUCAGACGGGGACUGAAGGUGAGGAGGAAGGACAGACGAAGGACCAGGCAGGAAGACAUGGGCCAGUGUGUCACCAAGUGCAAGAAUCCGACAUCCUCCCUCGGCAGCAAGAGUGGAGACAAAGAGAGCAGUUCCAAGUCCCACAAAAGAGUUGAAAGUGCUAGUGGAGGGGGCCACAAAGAAGAUUCUAGCGCCCCGUCUAGCAAAUCCACCAGUGAGCUUUUGAAUGGCACCAAGGCCUUGGAGGUUACAGUGGAGACACCAAUCAUCUCCACAGUGAUGAAGGAGCCAUACAAAGAUGAAGGCCUGGAUGGAGAUGGGCUGUCAUUGCUGCGGAUUGAGGAGCUGUUCAUAUGUUACAAGGAUGAACAGGAAGACGCCAUCUUGGAGGAAGGCAUGGAGAGGUUUUGUAAUGAUCUGUGUGUGGACCCAGCAGAGUUUCGAGUUCUUGUUCUUGCCUGGAAGUUCCAAGCAGCCACCAUGUGCAAGUUUACAAGGAAGGAGUUUGUUGAGGGCUGUAAGGCCAUCAGAGCGGACAGUAUUGAGGGCAUCUGUUCUCGCUUCCCCUACAUGCUUCUGGAGGCCCAGGUUGAAGAGAACUUCAAGGACCUUUAUCGUUUCACCUUCCAGUUUGGCCUGGAUGCAGAAGAGGGUCAACGGUCACUUCAGCGUGAAAUCGCCAUCGCCCUGUGGCGGCUGGUUUUCACACAGGACAUGCCUGAGAUCCUGGAGCACUGGUUGGACUUUCUUGCUGAGAACCCCUCAAGUAUUCGGGGCAUCUCAAGGGACACGUGGAACAUGUUCCUCAACUUCACCCAGGCUAUCGGGCCUGACCUCAGCAACUACAGCGAGGACGAGGCCUGGCCUAGCCUCUUCGACACGUUUGUAGAAUGGGAGUUGGAGCGCAGGAGAAAAGAGGAGGAACAGGCACUGAUGGAGGAGGAGGAAAAGGGGAGGUGUACUGAGACAGAGUGUUCGACUACAGAUAGGCUUGAAACUGAGGGAAGCCGUGGCUCACAGACGUGGGGGGGACACUGACAAGAAACAUAACAUAUUUGUUUUUGAGGGAAGGACAUAAUCUAUAUGUGAACUGUACGCCUGGGAAUCAUUGGAUAAAUAUUAGCAUUACCAUUUCAGCUCUUCAUUUAACUUUCCUUUUGUGUUGGGAUGGGAUUUCUGCUAUGCUUUUUUUAAUUUUUUUUUUAGAAAGGGCUCUAAGAACUAUUGUUUUAUGCACUUGUAUUUAAGUUAUUUUACUUCCCCCUCCUCCCAUGUGUUUUUAAAAUGUGGUUUAUUUUAUUGUAUGCCUACCUAACCCAGCAGAGUUAGCUCAGUGAAGGUUUGGUGUAAAAAAAAAAUAAAAGGACAACAGAAGGCU